UAUAUUUCCCGGACUCCUGGUCGUCCCGAGCGCCGCCCGCCUAGGUUUUUCUGACCUGUUUCUCUCCGGCGUUUCGGCACCGCAGGAGAAGAGAGGACCUGUCCCGCUCCAACUUCAGCACCGCAGGGGAAGAGAGGAGAAAAGCGAGGGUGAUCAUGUCCUUCACCGUGGGACGGUGGGAUAGAGGCAACAAGUUGAAUAUGGAGAGGAGAAAUAAGAUGUCGAAAAACCAGCUUGCAGGAAAAAUCCAGGACACAUUCAAAUUUGAAGUGGAAGACCCGCGUGACACGGUUUGGUUUACCAGGAUGGCCUACGCGAGGUCUCCAGCUCAAAUGAAUUGUUACAAUUGUGGAGUGUUAAGUCAUUGCGAGCGCUACUGUCCUUAUAACUACAUGUAUGGGCGAUUUGCCCACAAAGACUCAUUGGCCCAUAAAGACUGUGGAGGAGAUUGUGCCCCUGGUCCUAGACAACAUAGAAUUACCUCUCGGGCUCGGCGCAAGUUCUUCCGGCGUUUUAUACGCGUGACCAAUCUGCCGCCAGGAUUCAUGGAAUGGCACAUUCCGGAGCUCUUCGGCCUAUUUGGACCAUUGCUGAUGUGGGAUGUGCCAAAGUAUAUCAAUGACAUAUGCUCCUGCAAAUCUGAAACCCGUAUGAGGUUUGCUGUUAUGGUGUUCGAGAAACGUAAGGAUGGAGAGAGGGCCAUCAUUGAGCUCAAUGGCUACGAGGUCGGCGGCUAUAAACUUCGGGUUGACUGGGUAUAUCCCUCUUGUGUAUAGUUUCUCUUGAUUGGUUAGACACUUGCGAGUUCUGCAUGUGAAACUUUUGCUGGCUGUAGUAGCAGAAGUAUCUCAAUUCUCAGAUGAGGAUUUAUGUUUCUGGCCACUAUAAAGAAGAAUCGCAUCCAUGUGGUUGUGCCAUACCGGUGCUUCUCUUAUGAAAAUGUGACGUAUUUUCUUAACA